GCAAUAGAAUUCACUAAACAAGAUUACUUAAAGACAUACCUUGCUAUAUCACAUGUUUGUUACAUAUUUCAGUCAUAUCCUGGUUAUCAUCCUUGAUGCAAUUUUAAGACUUAAAAACAAUGAAAAACAGAGACAUAGCUACACAAGCAGUAUGUUCAGAAUAAAAGGCGACUAAAAGUAAAAUUACAUGGACAUCACAACACAUGAAAAAGGCCCACAGUACGUAAGAAGUGGAGGACACCGCUCAAUGGUGAGCUCCCCUCACCGAGCAAUCCUGAAAGUGUAACAGGAAGGUUAAAAGUAGAGCGGGCCUGGUGAUAAUGCGGGCACUCCAGAAGGAUGUGGCGUACAGUCAGGGGAAUGCCGCAGUGGUCACACUCUGGCGGUGGUUCCCCCUGCAGGAGGUACCGGUGAGUAAGGCUGGUGUGGCCUAUUCGCAGUCUGGUCAUGAUCGUGUCCUCCCUGCGAGUGAGAUGGUCGGCGAAGCAAUGGCGGCGAGGUGUCUCGCAGACGGAGCGGAGCUUGUUGUUCAGAGGGAGGGAGAAUGCCACUCCCUCUGCCAGGCAGUCCAAACAAUCUCCCGGGCAGCCAGCAAAACAUCGCAUACAGGGACACGGUGUAUGCUAGGUGGAAGUCCACAAGCUUCCUUUGCUGCUCGAUCUGCGGCUUCGUUGCCAGGGAUGCCUAAAUGCCCAGGUACCCACAGGAACUCAACACGAGUACCCCUGAGUUCCACGUCGCGCAGUUUCUGGCGAAUCAGGGCAAGAACAGGGUGCGAAGUCGAGCCAGACUGGAGGGCCGACAGUGCGCUCAUAGAGUCGGAGCACACAAGAUACCGACGGUGUGUGCCUCCACCGAUAUAACCCAGGGCCUAUAAAAUGGCGUAGAGUUCGGAAGUUAGGACACUACAAAUAGGGUGUAACCCAAACAAAUAACUCUCCUGGCCGUAAAUAAAAGAACACCCGACGUUUCUAUCCGAGCAGUACCCGUCCGUGUACAGGCAGUAAAACCCACAGAAUUUGUCACACAUAAGGUCUCCAAAAAUCGCUCUGUACACAAAGGGUGGUGUAGACGGCUUUGCCCAUCUCGCCAGGUCGAGGUGUACCACAGGCUCACGUUGCACCCAGUGUUGCUCAUGUUGAACAGGGGGUAGCAUGUUAUGCAGAAGCGCUGUGUUUGCCCAAGCGGCGUGUGCUCGGACACACGCCGGCCUGGUAACACGUGGCUUCGCUGCAUACAGUGCUAAACAAGGGGGGUGCAGAAACGACAUAUGGUGGGGAUGUGAGGGGUCUGAAUGGACACGCGCUCCAUACGAGAGUAGCAGGAGGUCUCGCCUAUACUGCAGUGGCAGUUCACCAGCUUCCGCAUGGAGGCUCACGACCGGGCUGGUACGGAAUGCACUGGUAGCGAUGCGGAGACCAGCAUGGUGAACGCUCGCCAACUGCUUUAACACAGACGGCCGUGCCGAGGAGUAGGCCACACAUCCGUAGUCGAGCUUACUCCGGAUCAGAGCGUGAUACAAACGAAGCAGGGUCAUUCGGUCCGCGCCCCAAUCUCGACUACUCACCAAUUUAAGGAGGUUGAGCCCUUUGCCACAACGAACUUUCAGGUCUUUAAUGUGAGGCAACCAAGUCAGUUUGGGAUCAAACAUGAGUCCCAGAAAUUUUACCGUACUAGGGACCGGUAGUACUGAGCCAUAUAGUUUAAUCGCAGAGGCAGGGAAAAGACUGCGCUUUCGGGAGAAAUGCAUCACCUGAGUCUUGGCAUGGGAAAACCUGUAGCCUUUAGAGUCCGCCCAGCUCUCCAGCCGCCGCACCACAAGCUGGCGAAUGUGGCUGAGCGGCAAAAGAUGGUCAAAUCAUCCACGUACAAAGCGCAUUGCACUGGAGGGCGGACGGCCACUGCAAAGAGUGUGACGCUCAGUACACUUCCCUGUGGGACACCGUUCUCCUGUACGUACACACGGGAGAGAGUAGUGCCAUUACGAACCUGCAUAAAAUGUGAGAUAAGAAAAGGGAGAUAGACUCGAAGGCCCCAGUCAUACAGUUGUUGAAGAAUACUAAACCACCAUGUUGUGUCAUAAGCCUUUUCAAGGUCAAAGAAGAUAGCGAUAACAUGCUGUCUGUGAAGGAAGGCGUCCUGUACCAGUGCUUCCAAGCCCACAAGGUGAUCGACAGUCGAGCGAUUACGCCUGAAGCCACAUUGGAGAGGGGAGAGGAGCCGCCACGCCUCAAGAUCUCCCCAACCCAGACAAUGGAACGGAUCCCAUCAGCAUUGGCGGCCUCUUUCUUCGAGGAAGAGGUGGAGGAGGGGACGAGUAUUCCAGCCGACAUUGCGGGGGCCUUCUUCGCAGAAGACCUGCUGGAAGGGCCGUCGUCUCCCCCUCCUCCUCCGCCAACACCACCGGCCAAGACUUCGCCGCUGCUGUUGGUGGCGGGCCCCUCUGGGACAUGUCCCUGGGGUCAGCCCCUAACAGCCGACGAAAAAAGAGGGGUCCGGCUACCUGCUACAAACCAGCAGGUGCCGGCUCUGCCUAGCGGCAAAGUCGUGGCCAAGCUGAUGGCUAUGGACGCCCAGCGGGGUAGGGGGGGAUAAUAAAUAAAAAAAAUUUUAACUAAGUAA